AUGCUGGAAUAUGUCACAUGGUUUUUGAUGGGACUUGAUGCGGUGGAAAGGGCCUUCCCCGAGGCACGAAGCGAGCGCGAUAUCUAUGGCUUUGAUUCCGAUGUGUUCUUCUCUAUCAAGGACAAGAAAGCCUUUCUGAAGCCGUCCGUGGCCAGGUGGAUCCAAGAGUUGCAGAACCAUCGCGACUGUUCUUGGUACUUGUGGGAUCUGCUCGAGUUUAUCAAGGAUCGAAUGUUGGAUCCCGACGGCGCAACAAGGGUACCAGCCAGCCAGUUGACCAAGAAAAUGAAGGCUCUCAUGGCAACAUGUCAUUCCGAAUCCGACUACUACCUUGGAGUGCGCCCAAAGACCUGA